AUGGAGACUCUGAGCAUGGCAAACACGGGGUUUGCCCUUGACCUUUUCAAGCAUGUGAGCCAGAUUCAUCAUGACAAGAACAUCUUAUUUUCGCCUUGGAGUAUUUCUUCUAUCAUGGCUGCUGUGUAUCUUGGGGCCAGAGGCUGUACUGCAGAGCAGAUCGCAGAGGUAUUUCAUUUUAACAAAGUUGAAAGAACAGGAGCCACUAGAACAAUAACACGACGAGCAUAUUCCAAAAUGGAGGAGCUUCUGAAUAACCCCUGCAUCUCUAUCCAGAAAUUUAAGACAUCGUUUGAUAUACCAAACAACAUCCAUUCAGAAUUUCAGGUGCUUGGCCAAGAAAUCAACCAGCCUUCUAAAAACAUCAUGCUAAGAAGCAUCAAUCAACUAUAUGGUGACAGAUCAACACCUUUCAGAAAUGAAUUCUUACGAUCAGUCAAGAAAUAUUAUAACAUAGAACCGCAAACAGUAGAUUUUCAAAAAGCUUCAGAUGAAGUCAGAAAAGAGAUCAAUUCCUGGGUGGAACAUCAGACAGAAGGUAAAAUAGAGAAUCUGUUGAAAGAGGGAUCCAUAGAUUCACUUACCCAACUGAUUCUGGUGAACGCACUAUACUUCAAAGGAAAUUGGUCAAAGACAUUUAACAAGGAAGCCACGACUGAACAGCCUUUCAGACUGAACAAGAGCACAAGUAAGGCAGUAAAGAUGAUGUUCCAGCACGGUAAAUUUAACUGGAACUACGUCACACAAGUCCAGACUCAUAUUCUUGAACUUCCAUAUGUCAAUAAAGACCUCAGCAUGUUUAUACUGCUCCCCGAUGACAUCAGUGACAACAGCACUGGCUUGGAAAUGCUAGAAAGAGAAUUGACUUCUGAGACUUUAUCCAAGUGGACGAGCCCAGAAGAAAUGGAGGAAACUGCUGUACGGGUCUAUCUUCCUAGGAUCCAAUUAGAAGACAGCUACGAGUUAAAGUCCUCUUUGAGCCGACUGGGGGUAACAGAGGCCUUCGAUGCUGGCCAUAGUGACUUCAGUGGGAUGUCCGACAAAGACAAUCUGGUUCUGUCUCAGGUUUUCCACAAGUGCUUUGUUGACAUUAAUGAAGAGGGCACCGAAGCCGCGGCGUCGAGUGCGGCCGGAGUAUCCAGCCGAAGCCAAGGAGACGCAGUUUUGUUUGCUGCAGAACACCCUUUCCUCUUCUUCAUCCGGCAUAACAAGACCAAGAGCGUCCUCUUCUUGGGGAAGUUCUGCUCUCCCUAA